AUCCAUGCUGGACUUGACAAAGGUCAAUGUUCAGCUCGAGUUUUCUUCGCAGAUUUUAAGAUGGGAUUUGAUUUAGUUGAUCACAAUGUCAUUAUUACUGACUUUGAAAGGCUUGGCGUCCAUCCCGUUAUUAUACGCUGGAUUAAAUCAUUCUUAACUGACCGAGAACAGUGCGUUAAGAUAGGUGACUUUCCUAGUAUUUCCAGCAUUGUUCAAUGUCUACAUGAAGUUCCUCCAUGUAGAGGAACUUCAUGUAAAGAUUGUCCAAUACUGGUCUGA